CUCAAAUGUGGCCACUCCCAGAGCCAGAAUCUGCGUGGGGGCGUGGUCACACCCUGCCGGUCCCCAAGCCGGGCUCUGAACCGCGUGCGACUAUUUUGGGGCGUGGCCAGGUUCGGGGGCGGGCAAAGGUACCGAUCUCAGGGCUAGGGUUUUAGCGGGACACCAGUUGUGCCCACCUUGUGGCUGGCUUGUCCAAGCCCUGGGCCAGAGGAUCUCCGCGUUAGACUUGAGGGCAAGACCAGAACCGGAGACACGCCCCGAAAGGGACUUGGCCAAUCCAGAGCUGUAUAUUUGCCUAAGGGGCGUGGCCGUGGCCGUUGGGGUGGAUCUGAGAGAGGCGGAGCCUGGGGCGUGGUCAGGCUUCUAGGCCCGACCCAGACCAAUGCUGGUGUUGGCUUCUCAGUGGGGCGGGGCCUGUCUCGAAGGAGGGACCAGUCCCGUUGCAGGAGCCUGAACGGGGCGCGCCGCCGAGGACACCGGCCCCCUCGGGGGCGUGGUCUGUCAGGACCUUGGCCAAUCUUGUAGUUAGGCGGGGCUCAGGGGCGGAGUCUCGAGGUGCCGGGACCAGUGAGGGUGUUUGGGUUUGAGGAGGGCGCGACCCAUCGUGUCGCGGCCAAUCGCGCCGAGGUUCUGAGCGGGCCUCUGGGGGGCGUGGCCCACUGGGGGCGUGGCCCAGGGGUGUGGUCCGGGCCGGUUCCGGGCCGCGGGGGAGCGCGCCGGGGUCAUGUCGGCGCCGCCGGCGCUGCAGAUCCGCGAGGCGAACGCACACCUGGCGGCUGUGCAUCGGCGCGUCGCGGAGUUGGAGGCGCGGCUGGACGCCGCGGAGCGCACAGUGCGCGCCCAGGCCGAGCGCCUGGCCCGCCACGACCAGCAGCUGCGCGCUGCCCUGGACGAGCUGGGCCGCGCCAAGGACUGUGAGAUUGCGGCUCUCCAGGAGCAGCUGCUGACCUCCGAAGCCACUGUCCACAGCCUGCAGGCUGCUGUACGCCAGAGGGAUGAGCUCAUUGGGCAGCUGCAGCCCCGGGCGGAGCUGCUGCAGGACAUCUGCCGUCGCCGGCCACCCCUGGCCGGGCUGCUGGCCGCCCUGGCGGAGGCUGAACGCCUGGGGCCCCUGCCAACCAGAGACCCCAGCCACCCACUCCCUGGUGGGCUCAGUCCACGCCUUGCCAACAGCACUGGGGAAGAGGAGGACAGGGACCGCCUGCAGCCUGCAGUGUUUGGGACCACGGUGUGAGCCCUGGAGCGCAGAUUACACAAUGGAGACAGAGUUCCACUGCUGUGGGUGUCCUUGGGGGUCACCAGUGUCCCAGAGGGGGCCCCGUGACAGAGCCAUAAUCCUUUGCAAGCAUCAAAACCUGCUAAAAAGUCAGAUUUCAAACAGGCAGCCCAAGGCCCAAAGGCAUAUUUAGCCCCAAUUUUUCUUUCUUUUUUUAAGAUUUUAUUUUUAAGUAAUCUGUAGCUACACCCAAUGUAGGGUUUGAACUUACAACCCUGAGAUAAAGAGUUUUUUUUAAACAAAACUUUACAUCAAUCAACUUGUUGAAAAAAUUGGCAACGUUUCACAAAAAUCUGGAUUUCUGGCUUCAGUCUUGGCCAUGCCUGCUUGGAUCUGAGCUCAGGGUACCCUCUUUAGCCAAAGUGUGAGGCCCACUUGGCUGCCUCACCUCUCUUAGGGCUGCAUGUCUGGCCCCUGAAGCAUCUGAGUUUGAGAUCCCUCGCUUGUGCAGGCGGAUGGCAUCAAGUUUUUCUCCCCCUUUCCCCCCUGCCCCGAUUUUUGUUCCUUCUGAAGCAUCCCUCACCCCAGGAUAAAGCUUUCUUAUUCUUCAUCCCAGACAAGAACUGGGAACCUCAAGGCUUGUGCCGGUUUGCACUGGUUAUAUGAAGAUGAACUUUUAAUCCGAGAUCCUUUCCCCUAAGCCUGCCUGCCUGUCAACCUUUAACCCGGAAGAGGGCGGGGAGGUGUGAGACAUGCUGACAUGCUGGCGGCCCGGUUGGGGUGCUGCCCCAGGGAGAGCUCAGGCAUCCCUUUCUGCUGGCUGUUCCCUCUGCUUGGGACGCUCUUCCCCCAGAUGUCACAUGACCCAGUCCUUGUCACUCAGAUAUUUGCGUAUGGUAAUCUCCGGGGGUGGGGGGGGGUGGGGGGGCCUUCCCUGCCUACCCCUGCUGUUACCCAUUGUUUUCUUCAGGGCCUGUCUUGUCACCAGAGUGCAAGCUGCCUAAGGGCAGCACUCUUGUUCUUUAUUCUUCAUCACCAGCGCCAGGGGCACCCUGGGACCUCGGACCUCAGUAGGAACAGGAUGGGGUUUGUGGGCCCUGAAGGGAGCCAGGGGCCCCCAGCACAUCUGAUGCGGCCCCAGCAAGUUCGGCUUUUCUAGCAAACAGCUCGCUCCUUUUGAUAUUCCCUGGAGAAUCUAUUUUUAAACUCCUUAUUUCUAUGCUGCUCUUCUCGGCCAGAGACGUUCAGGGUGCCUUCCCCCCAUCCCCCAACCAAACCAGGGAACCCCGUGCCUUUCUCUGCGCAGCCAGGUCCCACGUUUUCUUGCCUCCUUACUCAGGGAACCGUCACACCAGGAACCACAGAGGGGCAGGGCCCAUUUUGGCCUGGAAAGGUCGGGUGUCUGUCCCCAGCCCUCAGGAUGGUGCUGCCGGCCUGCCUGGUGUCUAACAGUGACCCCUCAGUGCAGCAACAAUGGCCCCAUUUUCUCUGGGUCAAUAAGGGGGGCUGCUUGUAUGAGGGGAAGGCAGGCUGAGGCCUGCCUGAGUUUAUGAAUAAAUUGGAUGAUUUCCUCGCCUUGGUCCUUCCUUU